AGUUCAAGAAUUUAAAUAGAUUUCAAUGAUUAUUGAUUCGUAAACACCUAAUACCGUGAACGGUCUAUAUCAAGUUAAUACCUACUGAAUUCACCACAAGUUGUCAAUAAAGGUUCUUCAAUCAUCGCUAUGGCCUAAGAAAUUGUGAAACCGCGUAUUUUCAUUGUGGUGUAUAAGAUUUUAAUUUCACAAAACUGAAACAAAAUGAGGAAUGGUUUACAAAACAACACUUUAAAACGAUUGAGUACAAUUUCGCGAUAAAGGGCACGUGUCGUGUGUUUUCCUGCACGUGAAAAUUCAAAAUGGCGACGACGGAUACGGACAGUGUCCACGAUCACAUGACCAAUCUUCGACUGAAGAUGGUCCAACAGAAAAUACAAAAUGAGAAAGACAGGCUUGCAAACAGACCUCCAUCAGAAGAGAGUACUAAUGAUGAUCUUGAACGGCAGGCAAGAUUACAGCAGGCAAUGCUUCGGAGACAGGAACUACUUGACAAGAUACGGCGUGAACAACUUCUGAACGAAGACGGCAGGAGGCCGGCGUCAGACAGAUCCCGACGACGUUACACGCCCUCUCCUCUGCCAGUACCUCCUUCUCGACGCUCACUACCCGACUUUGCCAGAUAUAACAACUACUAUAACUACAAUCACCAGCCUGACACCUUUAGAUCCAAGCCUGAUAUGUCCCAAGUGAAACAUGUAAUAGAACACAAGAUAGCCACACCACGAGGAAGACCACAAUACCCGUUACCUCCGAUAAACCUCCCACCGGGACCCCCACCCCCGCCGAUAAUCAUCCCUGCACCUGCCCCUCAAAUCAUGCAGCAGCCGGCACCACAGUAUAUACAGACUGCACCCCAGCAUAUCAUCCAGCAGGUGCCAAACCCCAUAAUACAGGACCUGACCCCCCAACAGAACAGGGGCAUGUUCAACAAAGCUGAAAUGGGGGACAUGAUGAUGAUGCAGAAUGCACAGCUUCACCAGUUGGUCAUGCAGAAAAUGAUGCUUGGUGACCUUACAGGUCACAAAGGCCAAGGUCAUGGUCAUGGUCAAGGUCACCACCAGUGCCACACCUCUUGCUCUUCCAGCCACAAUCACCAUGGUUCCCAUGGUCAUGGCCAUGAAUGCUGCUCCCCUGCCCCUGCACCAAGAGCUAGUGGCAAUGUGCACCAUCAUCACUACACCUCACCACCGCCAAGUCAGCCAGCAGUACACCACUACACUACCAUGCCUACCAUGGAUAUACGAGGGGGCUACCCAUUACGCGGUGAGUUUGGAGGAUACGGCAUGCAAGUGAUUAUAAUGUCCCGCGCUGGUGAGCGCCAUCAAGUGCUCACGCCGGCUCUGGAGGGCAGUAAAAGUAUCGUACCACAGAACGCACGAAUUCCGCUAUCAUUUUACACCCCUGCACCAGGAAAGAACCGAAUGUACGGAUCACCGCUCCCUUAUUACCCCGCCCUCCCACCUGUUGGUGGGUAUGGGGUUCCAUAUGGUGGGUAUGGGUACAGCCCGCAGAUGAUUCCAUCAGAUAGGAUGGCCAUGCCUCGACCACGCCCUUUCUACCAGGGACCCCAGUCUCUUAUGCCUUGGUGGGGCGGACACUCAAUGCAAGGACAAUACUACCCGGGCCCAAUGCGUCAAGUUAUUCCUGUUCCAAUUCGCAUCCCGAGAAAAGUACCUCCACCUCAGCCUGUAAUAGUCCACCAACCUCCACCACCGCCAAAGAAAACGGUAAAGUCUUCCGAGAAAAAACCUUCAUCUGGCACUGUGUGCCGGUCAGGGAGGGGGUUUUGGCACGCGGCAGUAGCAGCUUGGUUUAUAGCUCACCUUAGAAAGAACCUGACCAAUCGGCCUAGCAGUAUGUUCCUGUUCGGAAUUAUUCUCAAGGAAAUUGUAGCGGCUUUGCAUAGAAUAUACCUAAAUCCCAAUGGGAAUAUAUACCCGGUGCUCAAUGAUGUAAUAGGCCCAAACUGUUACGACCUUGCGGAGCUGAUUCACGGGGGUCGGGGAUUGGGCGGGAAGGAGGAGAGUGUGCUUAUACAAGAGCUACAGUAUGUCCUUGAAAACCUCGUCUACCAUAUCACAGAAAUCAUGCCUAGUACUGGUGUGUUGGGCACCCAUCGGAAAUCAGCAGUGUUUGAGCUGAUUCGGAGCGGAAAGCGUUUCCCUGAUGGCUAUUUCUGGCAGGUAGAGAUGGAUCGACUACAGUUCACAGACCAGGGUCGCACCGUUAAUGUCGGGGACACGGAGGGAUUCCUGUUAAUGCUGGGAAUAUUUAUAUCACGCAGUCUUGUCACAACUAUCCUUAUGAAACCAAUGGACUAUGGUCUCUCCAACUCCCCAUUGUCAGAAGUAGCGGAGAGGAACCUUCGAGUUGUCGCCACUACACUACUUUACCUGGUCCGCCGCAUCUCUAUAGCACGGGGACACGGUAUCAUGCCCGUGCCAACAGAGAUAGCGGAAUACCUCUACACGGACGAGGAGAUGGACUACAUUUACAGCAAGUUGGCACGCACCUUCAACUACAGCGAAGGUCUAUUGCGGGAAUGGGGGACCGAGUAUACACGACGUCUUCGUGGAAGCUCUAUGCAGACAUAGCAUAGCUAAUUAACGAUGUGGGAAUAUGUUGAGGACAAAAAGCAAAACCCUUCUAAAUGACAUUCAAAAAGAAGGGGAUAAACCCUUUUCACUUCUAUCCCUGGAUUUUUAACGCAUGAAAAUAAUAUGUUUGUCUCAGGUUUUAUUUCCCCCAAAAUAGGGUUAAUAAGUUGAAAAAUCUUUAAAUUAGGCAAAAACAAUAAAUUUCAUGCUUAAAAAACCCCUAUACAAUUAGUAUUAGCAUCACUGGUAUCGUUAAAAAUCCCAACACACUUCAUUUAUAAAUUUUAAAAGAAAAAAAAAGCAAAUGAUAAAAAUUAUUUCUAAAAGCAAUAAAAAGAUAUAGGGUAGAAACAAACAUUAUUUUUUAUGCCUUAAGAGUUCUUGCUAUUGCAGUUUUUAAAUCGUAUGAAGGAAUUGAAUUUGCAAAUAAUUAUGGUUGUUGAUCUGAGUAAUAAAUGUGUCUAACAGAUCUAUUAGGUGAAUUUGAUCCUUGAAAAUUGUUACACACGAAAACAACAUGACUGCUAAUGUCAAUAAAAAAACCUAGACUAUUGUAAAUGCAUGCUAGUGCUAGACUUGGUCACAUGAAAAUCAUGUGAUCAUGGAAAAUUUAAUAAAUAAUAAAAUUUCCUUUACUAAAAAUCUUAAUUUUACGAUUCGAUUUUAAAUCGGAUUUUAAGAAUCGGAUCAUUUAACAGGUUCCAAAAAUUAGUUUUUGCUAUUUUCAUGUUACAGAUUGGCACCAAAAAAAGUUUUUUUCUGUACCGAAUCUCAGGACAAUUAUCUAUUAGAAUGUGUUACGCUUUGAUAUCAUAAUUGUAAAAAAAAGUACCAAAAUGUAAAAAAAAAAAAAAAUGUGUCGGAAACGGGGUUCAUACCUGUGUUGCCAAAAUUGUAGUCCAGCGUCGUACUCACUGCUCUACAAAGGCUUGUUCUAAUCGGGUGACAUAAUUAAGCUAUACACCUGCCUUGGUAAUAUCACGUGAUAACACCGACUAGCCAAUCAUGCAUAAGGAAUGAAUUCUACCUGGUAGACAUACCCAGUAAUCUUUUUUAAUGGAAAAAUACGAAAUAACUGUGAAACUUAAAUGAAUUGUAAACUAUGUGGUACUUCAGUUAGUAAGUUUCAAUGCAUUGUACACAUCGAUGCCAAGUUUAUGUCAGUUUUCGACAAUUUCUUUUUUUUUCGCUAUUUUAUCAUACCUGAGACAGCCCAUUUAAAAUAAUUAGAUCUUGGAUCUAUGACACAAAUUUUGUGUACAAUUGUAAUUAUUUAUUUUAAAAAUAAUUAUAUAUCCAACUUGGGUGCCUGAAAUGUUUGUGUAUGUUCAAAAUUGGUGCUUAUUUGAGUGUACUUUUUGCUUUUAUGAAAUAACACUGUAUGAAAUCAUAAUUAUGGAAAAGAUAUAGAGAAUAACUGUUUGUUAGAGUGUAAGAUUGUAAUAUAUUUCACCGAGUGAGCACCAAGUUAUAUUUCACAAGUGGAACAGCCAUGAGUGUAAUGUUCACUUUUUGUGUUUACAGGGUGAAAUAUAUUGCAAUCUUACACUGAAAUAAAUAUCUUUUUUUUUUAUUAUAUGCAUAAAAAGGAUAUUAAAUUACAUAUUUUCAGAAAAGUGCGCCAAAUUGUAAACGAACGUAACAUCAUUUUUUGAAAUGACACUUUAGAAUGUGUCCAAGCCCUGUAUGCACUGAAAUACGAUUUGGAACUAAGAACAGCUUAAAUUUCAAAAUAGUGAAAAAAAUAUCAAAUUGAUAUUUUUACCAUUUAAAACAGUUAAAUAUCAAUUUUAUUUCACUGAUAAAUCUCUGUAAACCACGGAAAGCUUAUAAACUAUAACAAUUUAUGAUUUCAACUUUUAGUACAUGAAAAAUAUCUGAUAGUGUUCAUUCUAGUUGUAGAUGCAUUGUCUACUUUCUAUUUAAAAGCUUCCAUUUUUGCGAUUCCAACUCAUUAUUUCAGUUAUAUACAUGUAUGAGGGGAAGUUGUAAAUUUCCCGGGCCAACACCCUGAUUUUAUUACCGUUUUUUAUACAAAUAUUUGCAGGUACAUAAAGGAUGGAUACACAAUUCAACAGAAAGAACUUAAAUUUAUUUAUUUUUUAUAAUUAUAUUUUGACAAAGGCUGCAGUCCUGGAACUUAACGACUGACCCUCAUAUAAUAAAUCAUGGUUUGGAUUUUUUUUAUUUACUUCAGUGUGAUAAAAUAGCAGUCUGUGAUAAGUGGUUUUAUUGAGCUUGUCAAUGGUCUAGAACAUUUGCAUGUAUGUAGAAUAACAAAGGAAAUUGUUUACACUUCUCACAUUUGAAUUCAGCAUUUAAAAUAAGCUUUCUAUCAUUAUAGGAUGUAAAUAUGUGCUAGUGCAUUUUAGAUAUUAAAAUAGAAAUGAUUUCUAUGUUAAUUUAUAUUGAUUAUUAACCUAUCUAAGAUUAUUCAUAUGUAUUACAUUUUUGAUAAACACCAUUAUGACACGAUACAUUAAAGGGAGGUAAGGAAAGAAAAAUUUACAAUGAUUAUAUAGCAAUUUUAUUUUUUUGUUAAUUAAAUAAUAUAAUGUGUAUUCAGUGAAAAUAUUAUUAUUCAAACUUAACAUUCUGUAACUUUAAAAUGAAACUUUUCUAAUAGCAUUUUUUUUAUUUACUUUUUUACGGCCUAUUUGGACAUUUUUGAACAUUCCAUGAGCUAAUUUUAAAAUAGAAAUUUUUGCAUGAUUUUAAAACAAGAUUGUCAUUGGCAAUUGGUCAGAAUUGCUGACCGGCUAGAUGCCAAGGAAAUGCUUCAGCUAUUUACAUUCUUACCGUAGAAACAUUUAGGUAUCACCUCAUUAUAUAUCUAGAUGUAUAGAAGGUCUGUCACGUCAUGCCUCGUGAUUGAAAAAUGUCAUGUAGCUCCAAAAGAAGUUCAUUGCAUUCAUAAAACUUGUAACAAAUCCUGUGUCAAUGGAGCAUUGAAGGAUAUUCAUUCCUCAAAUCUGUGAUAACUCUAGUUUACAUGGCUGUGUAUGUUGUACAAUAAAUGUUCAUUUUGUGUAGACGUUUCAUUUAUUUAUUAUUGCAUUCUACAUGUAUAAAACAUUUAACAUC